UAUUAUUAUUAAUAAAAAGUUGGAAAAUAAAAUGGAAAUCCCACUUGCAUAGAGUUAAGUUUCCUCAUCUAACAUCUUCUUCUCCUAGCUCGGAUCCUUACCCAAACCUCUCAGUUCCACGUAAAACGGUGUCGUUCGGUCAAACUUGCGAUUCCGAAUAAUCGGGGACACGUUUUGUUCACACAACAACUAUUUUCCUAUAAUUGACUUGUCUUUCAUCGGUGCCUCGCCGCCAAGGUGGCUCUUCCACAUUCCACCGCCGCCGGAAAACGCUGACACAUGGAUGAUUCGCUCUUCAGAAGAGAAUUGCACUGUAACCGCACUCACUCCUACCACUCUUGCUCUUCCCAGAGAGAUGUUCGUUACGGCUGUGGCACUUGUGGUUACGAGCUGAACCUAUCCUCCUCAAACCGGAACACCUCAUCAAUCGGAUCUAAAUAUGGGAAGUCCAUAAAGCGAGGUAUUAUAUCAUUCUUCAGUAUUGAUCUUAGCAGAUUUACUCAGGUUGAUGAAAUUCAAUGCAUACCCCACUUCGAUAAGCACUCGUGGGGCUUGUUCCGCCGAAGAACCCGGCUUCUUUGCCGCAAGUGUGGCAACCACAUUGGAAACGCAUACAAUGGUUUCACUUCAUCCUUCCGUCUCGUGUCAGAUGGAGCAGAAUCAUCUCCUAGCUCCAAAGCGGUCAGUCAUACAAAAUAUGACAUUCGCAUUCGUGCUUUACAGCCUUCAUCUUCUGAAGAAUCUGGAAUCCCUGUGUUUGAUUGAAAUGCCUGGUAAAAAUUGUACUUCUAACACAUUCAAAGGGAUAGGGAGGUUAGAAGUUCAUUAAUAUAUUCAGAUGGUUUGACAAGGUUUUUAUGCUUUCCCUGAUGAAAAUGUGAUUAAUAGCCGUAUGAAAGAGUUGUAAGUUAAAAUUACUAUAGGUGUGGGAUUAUAUAAAGUUUGCUAAACUGUCAAAACUUCUGAAGUAAAAUAUUAUAUUAUAUUACUGGGAAGAAAAAAGAAACUAAGGAAAAGAAGAAUGAAAGUUACUUUUAAAUGAAUUGUUUGAUUAGUAUGUUA